GGAGAACCGUUCCGGCACUAACCCUCCUUUCCACCUUAAACCAUCGGAGGUCGCUCCACCUUAAAAGCUGCAGCGUUGUGGGCUCCGGCCCAUCCCUUUGCCUGAUGCUGAUGUUGCCGAUGCAGCAGCAGCAGCAGGAGGAGAGAGCGAGCGGGGGGGAUACAGGCACUGCAAGCAGCAAGAGCAACAUCAGCAUCCCGGGGUAACGAGCCGGGCACGGAGGACCCACCAGCCCAGCUGAGAGAGCCCAGCUGCUCUGCCGCUGUGGGGUGACAAUCAAGGAAGGCGUCCCCUUGCUUUUGCGAUCUGUCUGUGACUGCCUGCCCCCCCUCCUCUCCCACACACACACAAACACACACACACAAACGCACACACCUUCCCUUGGGAAUUGCCUCUUUUCUUCCACCUCCUCUUCGUCCUCCUCGCCGCCACCUCUUCGCUUCCCAGACGACAAAAGCCUCCCUCCAUCAGGACACCAGCCCCACAAAACCGCCCAGCCAGCCAGCAUGACGACGGAAGUCAAUGAAUGCAGCAUCAAAGUCCUCUGUAGGUUCCGGCCCUUGAACCAGUCGGAGAUCCUCCGGGGGGAUAAAUUCAUCCCCGUUUUCCAGGGGGAUGACACCGUCAUCAUUGGGGGAAAGCCUUAUGUCUUUGACCGUGUCUUUCCACCCAACACCACCCAGGAGCAAGUGUACCAUGCCUGUGCCAUGCAGAUCGUCAAAGAUGUGCUAGCUGGAUACAAUGGCACCAUCUUUGCCUAUGGACAGACAUCUUCAGGAAAGACUCACACCAUGGAGGGAAAGCUGCAUGACCCUCAGCUCAUGGGUAUCAUCCCGCGUAUUGCCCAGGACAUCUUCAACCACAUCUACUCCAUGGACGAGAACCUGGAAUUCCACAUUAAGGUUUCCUACUUUGAAAUCUACCUAGACAAAAUCCGUGAUCUGCUAGAUGUGACCAAGACCAACCUGUCAGUUCAUGAGGAUAAGAAUCGUGUGCCGUUUGUGAAGGGCUGCACUGAGCGCUUUGUCUCCAGCCCUGAAGAGAUUCUGGAUGUUAUCGAUGAAGGAAAGUCCAACCGUCAUGUGGCUGUCACCAACAUGAAUGAGCACAGUUCCCGCAGUCACAGUAUCUUCCUCAUCAACAUCAAGCAGGAGAACAUGGAGACUGAGCAGAAACUGAGUGGGAAGCUUUACCUGGUGGAUCUGGCUGGCAGUGAGAAGGUCAGCAAAACAGGAGCUGAAGGUGCUGUGCUGGAUGAGGCCAAGAAUAUCAACAAGUCCCUAUCAGCACUUGGCAAUGUCAUCUCAGCGCUAGCUGAAGGCACGAAGAGCUACGUGCCUUACCGUGAUAGUAAGAUGACUCGCAUCCUUCAGGAUUCCCUGGGUGGGAACUGUCGCACGACCAUGUUUAUCUGCUGCUCCCCUUCCAGUUAUAAUGAUGCUGAGACCAAAUCUACUCUCAUGUUUGGACAAAGGGCCAAGACAAUCAAAAAUACAGCAUCAGUGAAUCUGGAAUUGACAGCCGAGCAAUGGAAGAAGAAGUUUGAGAAGGAGAAGGAGAAGAACAAGGUCCUAAAGGAGACAAUUGCCAAGCUGGAGGCUGAGCUCGGGCGCUGGCGCAGUGGUGAGCCAGGAUGAACAGGGAAAAGGGGGGCAUCUACUAGUUGUAAUGGAUUGGUGGUCGCUGCCCUCUGUGAUGAGACGCCUAUUAAUGACAACAAUUCCUCCAUCGUCAUCCGGAUUUCUGAUGAGGAGAGGCACAAGUAUGAGGAAGAAAUCCGCAAACUCUACAAGCAGCUUGAUGACAAGGAUGAUGAAAUUAACCAGCAGAGCCAACUGAUGGAGAAGCUCAAACAGCAGAUGCUGGACCAGGAAGAGCUCCUUAUGUCAACUCGUGGAGAUAAUGAAAAGGUGCAGCGAGAGCUAAGCCACCUCCAGUCCGAGAACAACUCUGCCAAGGAGGAGGUGAAGGAGGUUCUGCAGGCUUUGGAAGAACUGGCUGUCAACUAUGACCAAAAAUCCCAGGAGGUAGAAGAGAAAAACCAACAGAAUCAGUUGUUGGUGGAUGAACUAUCCCAAAAGGUGGCAACUAUGCUCUCCUUGGAAUCGGAGUUGCAGCGGCUGCAGGAGUUCAGCGCACACCAGCGUAAGCGCAUUGCUGAGGUGCUCAACGGCCUCAUGAAGGAUCUGAGCGAGUUCAGCGUCAUUGUGGGCAAUGGUGAGAUCAAGCUGCCUGUAGAGAUAAGCGGUGCCAUUGAGGAGGAAUUCACUGUAGCCCGGCUCUACAUUAGCAAGAUCAAAUCAGAAGUGAAGUCAGUUGUGAAGCGCUGCCGGCAGCUGGAAGGGCUGCAAGUGGAGUGUCAUCGCAAGAUGGAGGUGACAGGACGGGAACUGUCUUCCUGCCAACUGCUUAUAUCUCAGCAUGAGGCAAAGAUCCGCUCACUCACUGAGUACAUGCAGAGCGUGGAGCUGAAGAAACGGAACCUGGAGGAAUCCUAUGACGCGCUGAGUGAAGAGCUGGCAAAACUGCAGGCCCAAGAAACGGUACAUGAAGUGGGCAAGGAGCAAGACUUGAUCCAGGAUACUGAUGAAGUCAAGAAGGCCCUGGAAGUACAACUGGAGAGUCAUCGCGAGGCCCACCACAAGCAACUGGCCCGGCUGCGUGACGAGAUUAACCAGAAGCAGAAGACCAUUGAUGAGCUCAAGGACUUGAACCAGAAGUUAGAGCUUGAACUGGAGAAGCUCCGUGCUGACUAUGAGAAGCUCAAGAAUGAGGAGCAAGAGAAAGCACAAAAGCUUCAGGAGCUGACAUUUCUGUAUGAGCGACAUGAGCAGUCCAAGCAGGACCUCAAAGGACUGGAGGAGACUGUUGCCCGUGAACUCCAGACCCUCCACAACCUUCGCAAGCUGUUCGUUCAAGACGUCACAACUCGAGUUAAGAAAAGCGCGGAGCUGGAACCCGAGGAUAGCGGGGGGGCUCAUUCCCAGAAACAGAAGAUUUCCUUUCUUGAAAACAACCUGGAACAACUUACAAAAGUUCACAAACAGUUGGUUCGUGACAAUGCAGAUCUGCGUUGUGAGCUUCCUAAACUGGAAAAACGUCUUCGGGCUACGGCUGAGAGAGUUAAGGCCCUGGAGGGUGCACUGAAGGAGGCUAAGGAGGGUGCCAUGAAAGACAAACGCCGCUACCAGCAGGAGGUGGACCGCAUCAAGGAGGCAGUGCGCUACAAGAACAGCAUGAAGCGCAACCACUCUGCGCAGAUCGCUAAGCCAGUGCGGCCAGGACACUACCCAGCCUCUUCUCCCACCAACCCCUACGGUGUCCGCAACUCUGACUGCAUCAGCUACACCAACAGCCUCUUCCAGAACUAUCAGAAUGUCUACCUGCAAAAUUGUGGCAGCACGGUGCCUGACAGCUACUUCACUAAUGCCUCUUCUAGCAGCGGAAGCAGCUCCUCCAAUGCCCCACUGUCCUAUCAGAAGCUCAGUGUGGAUAAUGGAAAUGCCACAGAUAUCAACGAUAACAGAAGUGACAUGCCCUGCAGUGUUGAAGCAGAUGAACAAGCCACACUCUUCCCUCUUCAUCAGGAGACGGCAGCCAGCUAAUAGCAACAGCGCCACCAGCUACCCAGGGGGCCUCAAUACACCAUCAGUUUCUAAUUGGGACGGAAGCCUCAACACUGCAUGCCGCAGCCCGGCUUUCCAUGGCCUCUGCUACAAAUGGGCCCUGUUUAUGUGUCCUGCUCUCUCUGUGUCCUGUAUAUUUAUCCAGCUGCUGCUUCACUCUCUCACUGUUUCUCUGUCCUACUCACUUUCACUAGACAAUAGUAUACUCACUUAUUUCCUCGGGGCCCUUCGUGCUCCUUAGUCCAGGGGGUAAGUUCCCCUGCUCUCCUGUUUUUCUGCCUCAGUUGCCUUAAGGGACUGGUUGCCACUGAAGAACCGAGAUGUAGAUGCAUCCUCUUAUGGGAACAGACUCUCGUCCAAGGGAAGAGACAGAAGGCAUUCCUUUGUAUUGUAUUAGCUCUAGCUGGCCCAUAGCAGAACUCCUUGUGUUGGCCAGGCUCUGUCAGAGGUGAGCUUCUCCAGGCUGCUAGUGGAGGUAGCCUGAAAUUGCUUGCCCAUCUGCUGAAGGAAUUGGGGGUAGGGGAAGGGGAGGGAGCUUGGAACUUCCAACACUCAUUUCUCAUCACUCUAAAAUCUUCCUUGAAAGGUGUAAAACAUGAGUUACAAGCUUUACCUUCUGCUUGAGCCUUGACAAUAUUUGGACACAGAAUUUGCCACUUUCUCUGAAUCUACUUAGAAAGAUAGGGUCACUGUGACACUUGAAAAAUGGCAAGAAAAUAGCUGUUCUGCAGAAAGCGGUGAUUUCUUGUUUGCGUGUUUUUGAACCUGGGAGUACUCACUCUCCACCACCCUCUCCAUCUGUAAAAUAGCAAGAGGGAUGCUGCCUGUUCUUUGUGAAGCUGAUGGUCAGAGAUGAUCCAGAAAAGUAUGAGAUGUGUAAGAGAAGAGUAGGCAGCCAACAAAGUAUGAGUAACCUAGGUGCUCCCUUUCUUUGCAUAAAGAAGGACACGGGACUGUUUGGGUAGGUUUAAAGUAGGAUGGGGAUUUUGGUUGUCAGUUCUCUAAGUCAGGUGUCCCAGCCAAUUGCAACUGCUGCACAUUCAGGAGGGCCAGCUAGUGUAGGUCUGAGGAACUGUGGCCCUCCAGGAGUUCUAAAACUACAGUUCCCAUAAGUCCUUGGGACUGAAUGGAUUGAUGGGAGCUGUAGGCGAAAAACAAAAUUGGAAGGCCAUAGUUGUGUGAAAUGUGACAAAAAGAGGCUGCUAUCAACACAUUCUUGUUUGUUCCUUCUUUUGCAUCUCUUGAUAGCUGGGUCACUGGCCUUUAGUCUGUGUUUCUAUGUCUAUCUCUAAGGGGAACAGUGAAUCCACUGCACAUCUUCAAUUAAUGUCACUCCUUCCAAGUCACACAGAGCAGACAGGGUUGCGGGAGAGGGGAAAUGGCAGCCCUUGUUUUCAGGAAUGGGGGAGUUUGCUGUCAAACUUUUUAGCAGCAGUAACCCUGUGUGGCUGUCUCACUGAAGCCACUGAUACACCCUGACACUUUAGCCCUGUCUGUUCGGAUCACGCCAAAUGUUGCAUGUCAAAAUAUUCAAAAGUUUAUUUAAAAAAAAAUAAAUGAACAAAUAUGUUUAAAAAAUAACAACUUGGUGCUCUGUUUGUUAUUGAGUCAAUUAAAAAUGUACAAUAUAAAUGGCAAGGGGAAUAAGAACA